ACCGCCCCCUCGCGAGCCGCACAUCUGCAGAGACCCGCAAGAGCCGAGCAGCCCGGACCGAGACAUUCCAGCUCCUGUAAAGCAGCGGCACCACACUCUCACAGUAACGAAAAUGGCAUCCACCAAGGAGAAGCUGAUUGCCCACGUGAGCACUGAGCAGGCAGUGGGCAGCAAGUGCAAGGUGACUGUGGUCGGUGUGGGUAUGGUGGGCAUGGCCGCUGCCGUCAGCAUCCUGCUCAAGGACCUGGCUGAUGAGCUGGCUCUGGUUGAUGUGAUGGAGGACAAGCUGAAGGGUGAGGCUAUGGACCUGCAGCAUGGCAGCCUUUUCCUCAAGACCCACAAGAUUGUGGCUGACAAAGACUACAGUGUGACUGCCAACUCCAGGGUGGUGGUGGUGACUGCCGGGGCUCGUCAGCAGGAGGGUGAGAGCAGGCUGAACCUGGUGCAGAGGAACGUCAACAUCUUUAAGUUCAUCAUCCCCAACAUCGUAAAGUACAGCCCCAACUGCAUCAUGCUUGUGGUGUCCAACCCAGUUGAUAUCCUGACCUACGUGGCCUGGAAGCUGAGCGGCCUUCCUAGGAACCGUGUGAUUGGUAGCGGCACUAACUUGGACUCAGCUCGCUUCCGCUUCCUGAUGGGCGAGAAACUGGGCCUGCACCCCUCCAGCUGCCACGGCUGGGUGAUCGGAGAGCAUGGAGACUCCAGCGUGCCUGUCUGGAGUGGUGUGAAUGUAGCUGGCGUCAACCUGCAGAGCCUUAACCCUGACAUUGGCACAGAGAAGGACAAGGAGGACUGGAAGAACGUCCACAAGAUGGUGGUUGACAGUGCAUAUGAGGUUAUUAAGCUGAAGGGAUACACGUCCUGGGCUAUCGGAAUGUCCGUGGCUGACCUCUGCGAGAGCAUCCUGAAGAACCUGCACAAGUGCCACCCAGUGUCCACCCUGGUCCAGGGAAUGCAUGGCGUGAAAGAUGAAGUCUUCCUGAGUAUCCCCUGCAUCUUGGGCAGCAGCGGCCUGACUGACGUGGUGCACAUGACCCUGAAGGCUGAUGAGGAGAAGCAGCUGGUGAAGAGCGCUGAGACCCUCUGGGGCGUGCAGAAGGAGCUAACCUUAUGAACCACACUCCCCUCCAAGAUAUAGCCUCCUGUCUCUGUAACUGCAAACCUCUACAGUGGCUGCCCAACCUCUACCCCUUACCCUUAUCGGUUCUGAAACCCAUUUCCUUUCCCAGUCCCCUUUUCUUCUUCAUCUUCUUCUUACCCGUCCCCCCCAAAACACCAUUCAGACGUCUUGAAACAGACCUCAGAACCAUAGACCUUAACACUCCUUAUCAUAGCUGCAGAGGAGGAUAUACAGUAUGUACUUAGUCUCUACAUGUUAAAUGGCCUUUGUAAAGUUGAGUAUCCAUGUGUGUAUAUGUGUAUAUGUUAUUGCUUCUCGUCUUCCUCGUACUGCUGAUAGAAUAUUUUCCAAGUUAUAAAAAGGAAAGAAACCUAUUUAAUAUCAGGAAAGCUUGCCAGUUAUGGUCGAUGUUUGGUAUUUGUAUUCUGAGCUCAACAAGCAUUCCGUACCAUUUUGUUCCCAAUGCAAAAAAGCAAACAGUCCGUUUAUUAAGACCAACAACUUGUGACACCAAAGCUGCACGUUUACCUAAACCAGCCAGUGGCCUCUAUACAUGUAGGCAUGCAAUUCUGUACACGAUAUCAACCACAAGUGCACUGAAGCAAGUCUUUAUCACUGUAAAGACAAGCUCUUCACAGCUCAGUAAUACAAAUACAGGGUCAGCUUGACAGAACUGCUGACAGUUCAUUGGCUCAUAUGGUUUAAACUGAAUGUGGAACAAAUAACUUGACGGAGAACCAAAUGGAAUUUUGUUGUGGCUCACUUCAGCUUCUCGCAGAGUAAAUGUUAAACCUGUUAUUAUUAUUAUUAUUAGAGAUGUGUCAGUUUACGUGACAGUCAGACCUACAUGUGAUAUGUAUAUCUGUACACCUUAUAUUUCAGCUAGAAAAGGUUAUUUUUGUAUUUUUAUUUGUGAACUAAAGCUCAACACCCAGUGGCAUUUUGCUCUGACACUAAGCUGAACACGGUACCUGUUGUGUCAGAGCAGACAGAUUUACUAACAACUCACUCCACUUCCAAAUAAAGGUUGACUAAACACGA